CGGCUCCAGAAGCGCCUUGCGGCGUCCAUCUUGAAAUGCGGCAAAGGCCGCGUGUGGCUAGACCCCAACGAGUCCAGCGACAUUGCAAUGGCUAACAGCCGCUUCUCUGUACGCAAACUCAUCAGGGAUAACCUCAUUAUCCGCAAGGCCGUCGCGGUGCACUCCAAAUACAGAUACAGGCUUUACCAGGAAGCGAAGCGUCAGGGUCGUCACAUGGGCAUUGGCAAAAGAAGGGGUACUCGUGAUGCACGGCUUCCCGCCAAGGUUCUCUGGAUGCGCAGACAGCGCGUGCUGAGGCGUCUCUUGAAGAAGUACAGAGAUGCCAAGAAGAUUGACAGCCACAUGUAUCACAAGUUGUACUUGCGCUGCAAGGGUAACCAGUUCAAGAACAAGCGGGUGUUGAUUGAGGCAAUCCACAACGAGAAAAACCUCAGGGUCAAGGAGAAGGCCCUGCAGGAACAGGUGGAAGCCCGCAAACAGAAGGCGGCACAGCAGAAGGAGAAGCGGAGACUGAAGGAGGAAGGCAAGCGACCUGGCUGUGCUUGUGCAAAGCCAGCCCAGUGA